AUCACAGGUCUUGUUGAACGAUCAACAAAGAAGACGUUUGUUUCAUAGUGAGGACUAAAGACUGUUAUGGGCGAAAUGGCUUACGUGGGGUCUCCAUCUCGGGGAUCGUCCAGUUUCCCCUACAGUCGCACAGCUCCAAGUCUCGUUGAAGAAAUCAGUGCUGCACAGUUUUCAAAUUCAAAUGUUAGAGGUAUAGAAGAAGAUUUGGCUCUUAUCAGACAAGGAGAGAGAGCACAACAGCAACCACCAAGUGAUGAAGAUACAGAAGAUGCCAGUGAAACAGAUCAGCAGAAAAAGGAAGAUGAAUACACUGAAAUGCGAGAACAGAUCUAUCGGGACAAGUUGGCCUAUUUAAAACAACAAUUGGAACAGCUAGAACAAGGACUUCAUCCUGAUUACCAAAGAAAACUGAAAAAGCUAGAGACUGUCUACAAAGAUAGACUACUACUAAAUGAAGUAUGGAAGGACUAUGAAAUGCAACGAGCAGAAGAAGAAUAUAUCAACGAAAAGCAAUCAGCUUCAAGAGAACUAGAGGAGAAAAAGAUCGAAUUACAAGAAAAUCUCAUUUCUGAGUUGGAAGAGAAGAAACGCCACGUGGAAACCGAACGUGUUACUAUAGAACUCACUGGAGAUUCCAUGGAGAUUAAAGCACCAACAACAAGAAAACUGCGCCGUCGUCCCAAUGAUCCCAUCAACGUCAACUCCUCAACAGGCUCUUCUGACAAAAGAAGAAAAAUGGCCCCAGCUCAGCUGGCUUACCUGCUUGAUGAGAACGAUGUUGUUGAUGAUUUAAGAGCUAUUGAACGUGGGGCAUCUGGCCCUCCGCCAACUAAACCCUCGGGAGGCACUGGUCCGUCGGCUAUUCGAGGUUCCAAUAAUGGCAUCCAGAAUCGCCGGAGCAACUACAGUUCCCCAGCAAGACAGUCAGACCAGUCACCAUCCAGAUCCCCAGUCCAAGGCCAGUCUUACGGUUAUUCUGGUUGGAAUAGUGGAGAGACCCAAGCGACAUUUGAAGCUCGAGUAGAAGAUGGCAAACUGUUUUAUGAAAAACGAUGGUAUCAUCGGGGGCAGACAGUCCAAGUGGAGGGAAAGAAGGCCCGCUUUGCAGGAGUUAUUUCCGCAAUCGGCACCGAGGCGGUUUGGGUGCGUCGCCCAGCUGACGGCGGCAAAGUCAAAAUUUCCAUUUGGCAGCUUUGCCGAGGUAAAUACACACUCGGCCGUAAAGCUCCAUGAAACAAUUAAGAAUUAUCGUCGAUUAUUUGUUUUCCGCGCGUACGUAUGUGAAUUGUUAAUCGUGACAUAAUUUCUUCCUUACGAAUAGACAGUGUUCCGUUUCUUCGGUAGAUUCCGACGAUGACAACCA